GCGGCCGCGCGCGUGUGCCGGUUGAACGAUGGGACGAGCGUCAACGGUCCGUUUGUACCGGUUGUCAAACUUUUACCGGAUAGAAACCCUUCACGGAAAGGUGUGUUUAUGUGUCAGUACCGAAAGAAAGACAUGUUUAAAGAUGGAAAAAGUUAAAAAUAUUCCGGCUCACUCGGAGUUUUCCUUGACGUGACCUGUCAAAAGAGGAGAGGAGAGGAGAGGAGAGGAGGGAAAGUUAAGCUAGCGUCCGUUCAUUCACGUUAGCUUCUCUGAUGCCUGGGGUGAGUGGGAGGGUCCGUCCACGCCACUUCACCCUCUGAGGUUGUAGCAGCGAGGAAGGUAAUCAUUAGUGUGGAUUACAGUCAGCACCCAGGUGACUGGACCGAUGAGAUGAUACUCAAACACAACAGCAGCCCUCUUCUGCUCACCGUCACCUGCCUGUGCUUCUCCGGAGGUUUGCUUUGGUCCUACCAAGAAGAGGAUGCUACUGACGGCGGAGAGUGCUCUGAAAAUAACAUUUCUACAACUAAGUACCCCUGCGUGAAGUCGACUGGGGAAGUUACGACCUGUUACAGAAAUAAGUGUUGCAAGGGUUUCAAGUUUGUGCUGGGCCAGUGCAUUCCAGAAGACUAUGAUGUGUGUACUGGCGCCCCCUGUGAGCAACAGUGUACUGACCAUUUUGGUCGGGUCGUGUGCACCUGCUACCCUGGCUACCGCUACGACCGUGAGCGCCACAGAAACCGAGAGAAGCCGUACUGUUUGGACAUCGACGAAUGUGCAGACAAAAACAUGACUGCAUGUUCUCAGAUCUGCAUCAACUCUGUGGGGAGCUACAGGUGUGAGUGUGAGAAAGGCUAUUUCCUGGAAGAAGAUGGGAAAACAUGCACCAAGGGGGAGAGAGCAGUGCAUCUCUUUGAGAAGUCUGACAAUGUGAUGAAUGCUGGAACUUGCUCAGCCACGUGUGACGAUUUCCUCCAGAUUAAGACAUCUGUCCUGCAGCUUAAACAGAAGAUGGCCAUGCUGUCAAACAGUGCUGAUGUCCCUGAGCAGAUGACCAGCGAGAAAACGCUUACGUCGUCCAUAUUUUUACCAGGGCCUCCAGGUCUCCCUGGACCACCAGGAGAUCCAGGAUCAGCAGGCCCUCCAGGACUUACUGGACUGAUGGGACCUGCUGGGCCUCCAGGUCCCAGGGGUUUGAUGGGACCCAUUGGACCCACGCCUGACCUGUCCCACAUCAAACGAGGCCCUCGAGGACCUGUGGGGCCUCCAGGAGCACCAGGAAAAGACGGCUUAAAGGGGGACAGAGGAGCUCCUGGGCUCGUCGGACCACCAGGCCCUCCAGGCUCCUUCGACUUUCUGCUCCUUCUGAUGGCAGACAUCCGUAACGACAUCGCCGACCUGCAGAGCAAGGUGUACGGUCGGCCCAUGCACUCGCCGGGAGAGGACUUUCCUUCAGUCCCUGACAGCUGGAGGGACAAUCAGGACGAUGUGGACACGGGCUCAGGCGAGGAGUACAAGGAAGCUCCACCUCGAACAGGCGGAGGGUCAAAGAGGAACAGGAAGAGGAAACCAGCACGCGAGAGAACAGACUUUGACUGGAAUAUUUAAAGAGUUUAAAAAGUGGAUGUAAAUAUUGAAGUGGUUUGCUUUUUUUAUUUAACUGUGUUUAAACAGAAUGUACUGUAUGCCUUUUCAUCACAGAUGUUUAUUUUUGUAUGAUAUAUGAGAGUUUGUGGGAAUAUUUUUUAACAAAAUGAGCAGACUGUGCAAAUGCAUGUUUUUUUUAAUAUCUAUUUUCAGAAGCAUAUGGUUCCUUCACAGCACAUUAAACACGUCUCUCAUGAAAGUU